AUGACGUCGUGCACCGCCGCUGAUAACGUGUCCUUGGAACUGCCGCCAAUGAUAAUAGAUAUGCUCAUGAACAGAGAAUUUAAGCCUGACCCUCGUUCAGAAUUGGCCUCUCUAUUGAAUGUGAAGGUCAGAAGUCAAAUUACGACAAGGAAUCUUGAAGAAUCACCAACUAUAUCGUUAGCUCAUAUUUUAGCUAAGAUUAUUGGAAAUGAUUCCCGCACUCAAGAUGAAAGUCAAGGAGAUUCUGAAGUUGUUCAAAGAUAUUCGACAUUGAGAUAUGUGACGCAGUAUGAUCGUAUUUGUCUAGCUGCCAAGGAAGCGCUAAUGGAUUUAUGCUCUAUUCCAACACUUAUGCGACUUCCUAAUAAAGUACUAGAAACAACGGAUAUCGCUGUAAAUAAUAAAUUUAAACUUCAUUUAAAUAUCAAGAGUUUUGAGUUACUCAAGAAACAACCUGAUAAAUACGUAGAUUAUUUCCUGUUCUGUGAUUUUUGCAAAAUUGUUUAUAUUCGUGGCAGCCCUGGUGGAAUAAACCAUACACGUAAAGUUAAGGAAUACCCAGAUGUGCGACAUAUUUCUUAUGAAGAAAUUAAGUCGAGAUUAUUUGUAAAUAUCAGUGAAGUAUUUAUAUGCUUCCAAAGAAUUGUAAACGAUUAUCCUAUAGCACAAUUAUAUUUAAAACUUGACUUUAUUCAUAAACAAGAAAUUAUUCAUCGAGAUUUUCAUAGUGGAAAUAUUCUUAUCGAAAAUGAAUCAGAUAUUGUUACAAGUGAUUUAGGAAUUAGUAAAUUAUCAACUGAUUCAUCAGAUGAUGAAAGGAAUUAUUAUGGAAUCAUGCCUUAUAUUGCUCCUGAGAUAUUUCAAGGGAAAGAAUGCAAUACAUAUACAAAAGCUGCAGAUAUAUAUAGUUUCGGUAUGAUUAUGUGGGAAUUAAUGAAUGGUAAAAGACCUUUUGAGGAUAGAGACUGUGAUACAGACCUUAUGAUUCAAAUUAUUGAUGGCGCUCGUCCUCCGAUAGUUACAAAUGCACCCGAAGGUUAUAUUGAAUUGAUGCAACAAUGCUGGGAUUCUGAUCCAAAUAAAAGGCCAACUUCUCGUGAUAUUUUUAAGCUUAUUAAUGAAAAGUAG